AUGCCAAUAUAUGCCAAGUUCUUAAAGGAACUGUACAUGAACAUGAGAAAGUUAGAAGAAGUGUCUUCAAUGAUAAUUAGUGAAGAAUGUUCAGCCUUGAUCACUAACGAACUCCCCAAGAGAAAGAAGGAUCACAGUGGGUUCAUCAUUCCUUGUACCAUUGGAGGUUUAGUGGAUGAGAAAGCUGUUGCUGACCUUGGAGCUAGCAUCAACCUCAUGCCCUACAAGAUAUUUCUAAGGCUUGGGCUUGGGGAGCAAAAACCCACUGCCAUUACUCUGCAACUGGUAGAUAGGUCCAUCAGACAAUCACGAGGAAUAAUUGAAGACAUUCUAGUGAAGGUGGACAAAUUCACAUUCCCAGUGGAUUUCGUUAUUAUGGAUGUUGAUGACAAAGUAGAGGUGCCACUGAUUCUGGGGAGACCAUUUUUAGCAACUUCAAAAGCUCUCAUUGAUGUAAAAGAUGGUCGGUUGGCACUUCUAGUGGGUGAGGAAGAAAUCAUAUUUAAGCUUUGA